UGCAGCCAGCGACGUCAUCACUUUUGUUGCCAAUAUCCUUGUCCCCUCCCUCGGACUACUUUAGUCCCAGCAGAGGAACUGGGAAUCCAGACUGCACUGGGAGAUGAGGAGAAGCUGAGGAAGCCCUGGGUACCACAGGCUGAAGCACUGUGCUCCAUCCAUCCUCUUCAGGAGAGGACAAGGUUGAUCACAAGGACAGCCUGAAACAAGAGCUCCUCGCCUCUGCGCUUCCCCUGAUUGUGCCUGGCCAUGGAUAGAUCCACGCAAGAGCUCUUCCUCAACUUCAUGAUCGUACUGAUCACCGUCAUGUUAAUGUGGCUUCUGGUGAAGUCAUACCAAGACUGAAAUACUCUCUCAAUCCUUGGCGUCUCUGAAGGAUCUGUGUUUGAAGAAGGAUGUGAAUUCUACUUCACCAGAACACAUCUCUGUGUGCACCGUGCCUAUGUGUAGAAAAAAUUGUAAUGAAUUCUUUUUUUUUUUUUUUUACUGUAAAAUACCUCUUGGCUAUAUUAAUCUAAAUGUUCAGAUGGAUUUUGGAUGAUGUACAUAAUUUAUCUACAAAGAAUAGCAUAUCUUCCUUUCCCCCGAGCCCCCAUAAUGAAUGCAUAUACCUUAUCUGGAACUAUGGUGGUGACUACAAACAUCAAAAUUCAUUUAUCCUCCAAGCCUGUAUGUUUCCUACCCACUCUUGUACAGCUUUCAUUGUUUCAGGUUUGCUUAAGAAGAGCAAUUUAGCUGAAAUGUGGAAACUCUUUCUUCAUCCAUCAUUGUUGUCAAUUGAAUAAAUAACAAAGUACUUGUUUUCUUUCA